AUGUCAAAAGUCCCCGCUCGCCGUAUCCGGCUAAGCUACCACUGGCCAGAGAUCCAACUCAACAUCUGGCUCAUCGUCGUGCUAGCCGGUUCAGCAACAUGUCUUGGUAUAUUCUCCUGGUUCAUGAUUAUUCAAUCUACAAUGAAACUGGGUACUCCAUGGCUCUUCCCAUUCAUGGUUACAACUAGUUCAUUAGCCGUGUUAUUCAUCUUCGUUGUCCUCCUCUUGAUCGCGCAACGCCUUUUACUACCCGGUAUCCUUAUCCUGGGUAGUUUCAUACUUUUCGUCCUCUUCUUAACGGGGUUAAUUGAGACCUCGUUACAGAUGUAUGGUGUUGUCGGGAAUGUGAAUAGUAAUUGCCAGAAUUAUGUUGUGAAAAACAAAUCAACUGGCAAUAAUCUCGAUACACUGGGGUGGUUGACGCAGAUUACUAUUUGUAAUUGCUGGAAAACGGCAUUUGCAUUUGAACUUGUGAACGCUAUCUUCUAUGUAUGGAUGAUGAUCAUGUCCUGGCAAGUCCAUAUGAAUUAUUAUCAUUGA